UGACACCCGGCGGAUGUAAACAAAGAAGCAUGUGCAGAGUUUGCUUCACUGCUGUGUGGACUGAGCUAUAAAACGGCUGUAUUAUAGUAUGAAUGAGAAAUAUCAGAGCGUUAAAGUAACGAUGUGUUCAGUUGAGUAUCUGAGAGAGUUGAUCAGCGACAGACUAGCUGCUGCUGCGGGAGAAAUAUUCUCAGAGUUUGAAAAAAACAUCGUCCAGUACCAGGAGGAGAUCGAUCGUCAGCGCAGACUGCUGGAUGUCAUCUGGAAACCACACAUCCCCUUACAGCCCAUAGAGCUCCCACAGUCUUAUGUCUGUGAGAAUGAGAAGACUGUCGUUGACCAUCAGCCCCAUGACCAGGAGAGAAACUCCAUGGUGGACCAUGAGGACCUAGAGCCUCCACGGAUUAAAGAUCAGCAGGAGGAACUCUGCACCAGUCAGGACCAAUCAAACCCAGAGAUUUCUCAAAUUAAAAUGGAACAGGAAGAAUUGUGCACCAGUCUGGCCCAAUCAAACCCAGGGUUACCACAAAUUAAAGUGGAACAGGAUAAACUCUGCUCCAGUCAGGAGGAAGAGUUAAUUGGACUGAAACAGGAGACUGAUACCUUUGAGGUGACUCCUGCUGAUGAGGAAAGUGACCACAGUGAACCAAAACCAAACAGUGAUCAGCUCCUGUUUCACAUCUCUUGUGUAGCUGAGAGCCCAGAUCAGGAAGGAAGCAAGGAUGUAGACUCAGGAUCAACUAGAUGUAUCGAGCAGAAACCAAGACAUCAGAGUAACAACAGUCACAGUAAUGAUGUAGACAAUGCUCCAACAUCAGCGAGACAGUGUGAUAAUGACAAGGAAAGAAAAUGUACAACUUGCAAAGUCGGUGGAAAAGCUUUUCGUUGUAAAUCAGAUUUAAUCAAACAUCACAGAACCCACACAGGUGAGAAGCCAUAUUCUUGUGGAACCUGUGGAAAAAGCUUCAGUCAGCGGACCCAUUUGACUGCCCACAUGAGAUGUCACACAGGUGAGAAGCCAUAUGUUUGUCACAUUUGUGGAAAAAGAUUUUCUGGUUCAUCAGCACAUAAUAGGCACAUGGCAGUUCACAAAAUGGGAAAGCCAUAUUCUUGUGGAACCUGUGGAAAAAGCUUUAGUCAUCAGACCUAUUUGACUGUCCACAUGAGACGUCACACAGGUGAGAAGCCAUAUUCUGGUGGAACCUGUGGAAAAAGCUUCAACUGUAGUUAUCGAUUAAAAGCCCACAUGAGAAUCCACACAGCUGAGAAGUCCUGAUCCUGAAACAUCUGUGGAAAACAUAAUGUCAGAACUAAGGUUGAAACAACAUGUAAGAGUUGGUACAGGUUAAAAGUAGAUGUUUUAGAUUUAAAGCACCUUUAGUCUGUGCUUCAACAACAAUUGUGAGGAAGUAUGUAAGCAAUCCUUGAUGAUUAGACCAGAUGGAGUCUGGACUGUGGUGGUGGAGCAGCAGGCAGAAGAACCAAACUGAAUGUCUGGAUGGAUAUGGUAUUGGUACAGACUGCUACAUUUCUGCUAUCAUGACAUCCUUCAUCAGCAGAGCACUGAUUGGAGAUAAUGUGAAGCUGUUUGGAACAUUUUCACAUCCUGCUGAGAGAACAUGGCUGUUCAGGUGUGAACAUACUGCUGGAACCCACUCAGCUUGAGCUCUGCUGUCUUUCUAGUAAAAGGAGGCAACGAGAUACAGAGACAUUGUGACAGUAGAACACAACAGAGUGUGUCACUGCAGCAGAGGAGAUCUGGACGUGAAAUAAAGUUGUAAUAAAACGUCUACAGCUCCAUGACUGCUUCAUGAAAUGUUUUGAAUGUUUUCAAACAGAUGAACAUUUACAAGUUGUUUCAUAAUUAAUGUAACAUUGAAGAGCCCCAGCAAGAAUAACUCUGAGUCAGAUAUCAAAGACAUAACCAACAUUAUUAUGUUUUCAAGCAACAGACACGUGGUUUUACUGGUAGUAGCUGAUACACUCCUGCAAAUGUCAAAACCAGAAAUGUUAAAAACAGGUGAAGCUGUGCUGCAGUUUCUGCUGGUUACAUAAAGGUCUUAUGUUAUUUAUUUCUUCUGUUGUCACCACAUAGGUCAUCUGUGUGAUUUGUUAGUAGGAUCUCAUUGUGUCGUCAUGCAGCACAUUGAACCCUUGAAUUGUCUGAACGUCCUGAACACUCCUCCUGUCGUCAGGGUCAGAAUUGACCUGCCUCCACUGAGCCUCUAAAAUAGAGCAGCUUAAUGGAAUUUUUAACCAAAAAUCUAUUUUACAUGAAGAAACAACCUGUCAUGCAUCACACACUUUGUGAAUGCCUGUUUUUGCUUCCUCAGAGGGUAUAAAGACUGUAUUUAAUCAGUGAACACCAUUCGUUUUUAUACCAUUGUUCAUGCUGUAACUGUUUUCUUUCUUUAAGUAGAGGUUUAUUAUCACUAUUAUUGCUGCUAAAGGUACUGCACAGGUGUAAACAUUUCUUGUUUUGCAGGAGAUAAUACUUCUAUAGCCUAAUAAAGUACCAGAAAUGUGCAGAAAUGAACUUGAAAUGCAUUUUUGAAGGGAAACAACAGUGUACUGUAUACUGUACAAUGGAAUAUAAAACUACAAAACUCAACUACCA